GCUUGAUUGAAAUCCUCUCACCCUUGAAGCAUUUGGUCUUCUUGAAGUGCUUGUACCAUCGACCAAACUCGUGACACUUGGCAGCUGAGACAUUUGCAUAACAGCAACUUCAUCCUGGCCAAUGCACAAGUGUCGAAGGGCUUUCCUAUCGUCUACUGCUCUGAUGGCUUCUGUGAGCUCACAGGCUUCUCCCGGGCCGAGGUCAUGCAGAAGAGCUGUGCCUGUAAGUUCCUGUAUGGGCCAGAGACCAGCGAAGGCAUCAUCCUCAGCAUUGACGAUGCUCUGGAGGAGCGAAAGGAGUUUAAAGAUGAGAUCAUGUUCUACAAAAAGACAGCUGUGUUGUUCUGGUGCCUGCUGGACAUUGUGCCAAUUAAGAAUGAGAAGGGAGACGUGGUGCUCUUUCUGGCUUCAUUUAAGGACAUCACCGACACUAAAGCCAAAGCCAUCCAAGAGGACAAGAAGGAAGAGCGACGGCGCGGCAGGGUGAAAACAGGCUCUCCAUUCAGCUCAGGUCGUCUGCGGAGCAGCACGGUGCUCUACCACAUCUCUGGUCACCUCCACAGCAGAGAGAAGAGCAAGAUUAAACUCAACAAGAAUGUGUUUGGGGAUCCGCCCGCUUUGCCAGAGUACAAGGUAGCAGAUGCCAAGAAGUCCAAAUUUAUCUUACUUCACUACAGCACGUUCAAAGCUGGUUGGGAUUGGCUGAUUCUUCUUGCCACAUUCUACGUUGCUGUGACGGUGCCAUACAAUGUGUGUUUCAUUGGCGAUGAUGAUGACCUGACCCGCAGCACAACUGUCAGUGACAUCGCAGUGGAGAUACUGUUCAUCAUAGACAUUGUUUUUAAUUUUCGCACAAGUUACGUCAGCAAAUCGGGCCAGGUGAUCUUUGACGCCCGGCAGAUCUGCAUCCAUUACCUGACCACAUGGUUCAUCAUCGACCUGGUAGCUGCGUUGCCAUUUGACCUGCUCUAUGCCUUCAAAGUCAGCGUGGUGUCUGUGGUCCACCUAUUAAAAACAGUACGUCUGCUGCGUUUGCUGCGGCUGCUCCAGAAGAUGGACCGCUACUCGCAGCACAGCACAGUGGUCCUGACGCUGCUGAUGUCCAUGUUCGCCUUGCUGGCCCACUGGAUGGCGUGCAUCUGGUACAUUAUCGGCAAGAUGGAGAUGGAGGCCAACGCUUACAACUGGGAUAUCGGAUGGCUCCAUGAGCUGGGGAAGCGCCUGGAGUCACCGUACUAUGCCAUAGGAGCUGUGAAUGGGACUGGGAUGGGCAGCGGUCCCGCCAUCCGCAGCGUCUACAUCGCCUCGCUCUACUUCACCCUCAGCAGCCUGACCAGCGUGGGAUUCGGCAACGUGUCUGCCAACACUGACAUAGAGAAGAUCUUCUCUAUUUGUGUCAUGCUUAUCGGAGCACUGAUGCAUGCACUGGUCUUCGGUAAUGUGACAGCCAUUAUUCAGAGGAUGUACUCACGCUGGUCCCAGUACCACACCAGAACCAAAGACCUCAAGGACUUCAUCCGUGUCCAUCACCUGCCACAGAGCCUCAAGCAGCGAAUGUUGGAGUAUUUCCAGACGACCUGGUCAGUCAACAAUGGCAUCGACUGCAACGAGCUGCUGAAGGACUUCCCGGAUGAGCUGCGAUCCGACAUCACCAUGCACCUUAACAAGGAGAUCCUGGAGCUGUCGCUGUUUGCCUCUGCCAGCCGUGGCUGCCUUCGCUCCCUGUCGCUGCACAUCAAGACCACCUUCUGUGCUCCUGGGGAGUAUCUCCUCCGACAGGGCGACGCUCUCCAGGCCAUCUUUUUUGUCUGCUCCGGGUCCAUGGAGGUGCUGAAAGACGGCAUGGUGCUGGCCAUCCUGGGUAAAGGAGACCUGAUCGGGGCGAACCUGUCCUUAGAUGACCGAGUGAUCAAAACCAACGCCGACGUGAAGGCCCUGACCUACUGUGACCUGCAGUGUGUUAACCUGAGGGGGCUGUACGAAGUGUUGGACCUCUACCCCGAGUACUCGCACCACUUCGUCCAGGACAUCCAGCAGGAUCUCACGUACAACUUGAGGGAGGGACAUGAGACGCAUGUUAAGGCCCGACUCUCCACAACAGCUCUAGAUUCUCAGUCUGGGGUUAGAAGGAACGGACGAGUGGUUCAGGGCUAUCCGCCCAUCAUAGAGACUCAGGAAGAACAUGAGGAAGAUGAGGAGGAGGAGGAGGAAGACGAGGCCAUGUCUGUGUCUCUGUCAUCAGAGCGGAACCGGGCGGUGAACCUCGGGGACACGGGUGGGAAGUCUCUGCAGAGCCGACCCAGCCAGAAGACAGCAGGACAGAGCUCCAGAAGGUCCCGGAGGAAGAUCCAGGAAAUUACUCUCACCACUUUAGACCCAUCCAACCUCAGCCCCAGGAUAGUGGACGGUACUGAAGACAGUGAGGGGACAGAGGGUUCCCUGGCGUUCCCCUUCUCUACCAGCCAAGGUUGUCCUGUCAAUGAACCAACCAGUGCCUCAGCGUCUGCCACAGACAUACUGCAGAUCAGCACUGCAGAGUUAGCAGCUAAAGCAGAGGAGACCAGAGGACAACUGCGACACCUCGACCAGCAGGUGAGCAACCUCGGGAGGGAAGUGGCCGACCUUGGACGAGUCAUGAAGAGAAUGGCCCAACUCAUGGAAACCCUCAUGUCAUCAACGCCACAGCCUACAGUGGUCUGCCCCACACACUACUCCCCAGCACACCUCACAUACCUGGGCCAUCCUCCCUCCCCCCAGUCUUACCCUUCACCAUCCUCUUCUCAGACUGCCUCCAUUUGGACAGACACGCCCAUGUCGUUGCCCUCUUCUCCCCUCACUGUCCCUCAGCUACAUGGUGCGAUAUGCCACACGGAUUCCCUCGCACAUAGACCCCAGGACCUCCAGCUGGGUUACCCCUCUAACCCCAGCACAACCCCAACUCGCAACUCACCUUCCCUUCAAAUACAGCCCGUCAUCACAGAGCCUCACCUGCUUUCCUCACCCCUCAGCUCACCAGAGAUCCCCCACUACAAUGACGGGAUUUCCGUUUCCAUCAGGUCAAGGGUACACAGUCCACAGCCACAAGACGGGGGAGGUGAGGACCCUCGUCAGAGCUCUGGGUGUUCUCCGCAAACUGGACUUGGGGGCACCUACCACAACCCGACCAAGGGUUUGUAGCAGCCCUUUGUCUGAACUCUGCAGGACUUGAUCCAGGAUAUUUUUUGGGAUAUGUUCCUGAACUAGAGAUCAAACUGAUCAACUGGGGUUCCCCAUAUCGUUGGAGGACGUUUGCAGGGAUGCAACUCAGAUUCCUUUUUGUUUUAAAGGCACGUGUUUAAAAAUCUUGUUGCAUGAAAACAAGCACAGAAGGUUUAGGUGUGUUAGCUUUAACUUAUAGAAACGUAGUGUUGUUAGACAGGAUGUAGAGGUUUGGUUCAGUUAAGAUGGCAUAUGGAACUGUGUCAUAAUGGAGAACAAGAGGGAUAUGGAGGAGAAGAGAGUUCUUUCUGUCCUCUCCUUUUUCGCUCCUGGCUAGUGAUGGGUUCAGGUCGGCUUGGCUGGUUGGAGGAAGAGAAAGCAUUGUGAGUGGUGGAGGUGGGCUUUAGAGGCAAAGACAGGAGGGAUGGGGGCUGUUAGCAUCCUUCCCCCAACCUUCUAUCCGUGCUAUUUCCUCUCCUUUUAACCCUUCUUUCUUUGCGCACUCAACCUACGCAUGAUGCUCUGGAUUGCGUGUACCAGUGCGUGGCUUGUUGGGGCUGGUUGGACUGGGAGCAUAGAGUGGUGUGAGGAAAGAAAGAGAUGGGACGUAUUGUGCUCUUUACCACAGGCCCUCAGGGGAGAGGGGAUGGAGGGUGGAGGAAGUUGGUUAUGGAGGUGGGGGGGUAUGUUAUGCCUCGGGCAGCAGAGCCCCUGCUGUCGUCUGUCACACUGAGCACAGGGACUCUUUCUCCCUCUCUGCUUCUCUUUUCCAGUGUUUCUCUCCACACACCUACUCUCUCUCUCUCUCUCUCUCUCUCUCUCCCUCUCUCUUUCUCUUGCUCUCUGCAUGCCUUUCCGAGCCUUUUGAGUAGUGCCUGUAGACACACAUUAACAUGCUGCAUGUCACCCUGUGGAAAUUCAGCUUGCCAUUUAUCUAUCUAUUUAAAGGAAACACGGUUCAUUCGUUUAAUAGCUGAACCUGGCAUUUACCGAUGCAUAUUUAUUGGAUGUUGGCUCAGUUUAAACAACUGGGUCAUUUAGGCACAAGGUAGUCGCCCCUGUUGUGAAGCAGCCUGGAGGAAAUUGCCAAUACUUAAUUGGCUCAUGAUCCAUGGUGGAGGCCAUUUUCCUGAUCGUCACCCAGGCUUACCAACUCUGAGAUCCAUUUUCUUAGAGCACAGGCAAUAUUCCCGCAUAAAAGCACAAUAAGGAAAUAAAGACGCUUUUAUAUUUCUAUGAAUGUAUCAAUACUAAAGAUGUAUUUUUUUACCUCAAAGAAUGCAAGAGUGUGGGAUGGCAGUAAUUGAUGCUGCUGUAUAUGGAGUUAUGGCAGUGCUGUUUGCUGGUGCCAGCCGAUGCAAUCUUAAACCAGGAAAAAAAAAAA